AUGGCGGCUUUGAAUCUCCUCAUGAUGUUGACAGCCUGUGCUGCAACUCCUCAAGUCAUAGCUGAAUUUCUCCUCUGUGGGACAAUAAAGAUGCUGUUCUUGCUGCUAUUGGUGACAUCAUGUGCUGCCCUUCCUCAAAAUCUUUUAGAUAAAAUGUUCACCUUCCCACAAGAGACCAACACAGCACAUGUUAGGUUGACAACAUCAAGGCAAAAUUUAGGGACUGUGACUGUCUGUUUUAGGUACUUUACAGACCUCAAAAGAGCUCAUGCCCUUUUCUCAUUGGCCCUACCAUCUAAGGAUAAUGCCUUUUUGCUUUUCAAAUCUAAGUUGGAUUCUCUUAACAUGUGGGUAAAUAACAAUUACGCAACAUUUGAAGGACUGGACUUCAAGCUGAACAAGUGGCACUCAGUUUGUGCAACAUGGGAUGCUGCAUCUGGUUUGGUACAACUGUGGCUGGAUGGAAAGCCUUCAAACAGGAAAUUCGUCAGCUCUGGAUCCAAUAUCAAUGGACCAAUUAUAAUUACUUUGGGACAGGAGCAGGAUUCACAUGGUGGUGGUUUCGAUGUGAAACAAUCAUUUGUUGGCAUGAUGUCAGAUGUUCAUAUGUGGGAUCACAUGCUUUCGCCCUGCGAGAUCCAGGAAUAUGUGGAUGAAAUCAGCUUUGGAGAAGGAAAUGUGUUGAAAUGGAAUGCACUGGAAUUCCAGAUUACAGGAAAAGUGUUGACAGAGAGUAAACUGAAAUCUUGUCAGUAAAUCAUCUUUUAUAUAAUUUUAGAUAAUGGCCAAUCAUUAAUAAACUGUAUUAGCAAGAAACAUUUCUCAUGGUAUAAAGCAAAAACUCACUUAAACGUUGUUGUUUCAUUCUAAGAUCAUAUAUUUUUGAUUUGUAUCACUGAAUCCUUUAUAUAACUAUAUGCUGAUCAUAUGUUUGUUUUAUGGUUGUACUUACAACUUUGUUGGAUGUUUUUUCAAAAUCUGAUAAGCAUGAGAAGAAAAACAAUAAAUCUUCUUAAUAAAGAAUGCAAA